UUAAGUCGGCUCCCAAUUAGAAAAGAGAGUCAAAAACACUUACAGAGCACGCGCGCCAAAAUGAAAAAACCCUUUGGAGCUGGGUUUAUUAUGAGUAUUUGACUACUUAGAUUAUCGAAUCGCAGUACAUUUAUCAGAUUCGGUUAUAAGAAAAAAUAAGCAAUGGUGAAAUCUGUAAUUGGAGAUGAAACCCAACUCAAUUUAGCCGAGAAUCGUCUCAGCAAUUCCGGCCUCAUCUCCCAGGUGGGUCUGGUAAUUGGCAAGCUCAGCUCCGCACUGGAUCGUGGUUUUGUCUACGAUUUAGUACCUACACCCUCAAACGACGCCGGACAGCCAGCUUGUUCGCUUGUCGAUACAUUCAAAGAUGACAAGAAAAAGGGUUCCUCUUCUGCUAAAUCAAAGUCACAGAUUGCCGAUUCCUCCACUUUGACCAUCGAUAAUGAAUGGGUCGCUGAGCAUGCUCGCCAGGUUUCAAGAAUGUUAUUAGGUGGCAUGAAGGUGAUUGGGAUUUAUGUAUGGGUUGGUGAUGCCUCUUUUAAGAAUUCUACUAUCACCCUUUGCCAGCUUUUGCAAACGGUAAAAGGAGUUGCUGAUGCUGCACCUGUUUCAGAGACUGAUUGGGAUGAAAGGUUGCUUAUUCAUAUAUCUUUAAGUCCCAGAAGGUGGACUUGUCGAAAAUGUAUGCUAUCUUCAAAUAUCACGUCAAGCAACAUACGGCCUUGUGAUUUCAAGAUGGGAAGGGUUUUAAGUUCCCUUCAAACAUUUAGGUGCACAUACAACUUUGAAUUAAGCCUGCCCAUAUAUCAAGAGAAUGCGUCAAAUGCCUCAACAUUGAGUGCAAUACUUCUAGACGGAAUCUCAGCUCAUAUAGAAGUGCUAAGAGGUGCAAAGGCGUUAAUUGAUGGAAUUCUGGUUGUAAAUGAAGAACCAUUUGUCGCUGAGGGUGUGCAUGAAGUUGAAAUGCUUCUGCCAUUCAUGAAGAAUACAUUAAGCGAAGCAUGCAGCCAAAAGGAGGUUGUUGGUGUUCUUAUGCUCAGUGGGUCGGUAUGCUCUUUUGCAUACUUGAAUUCAAAAGAACCAGUUUCACAGGCUGUGGUUGAUAUAAAGGAUGAUAUUAUCAGGAGUCUACAAAGCAGACUGGACAUCAUCUGUGAUGAAGCAGAUGAAGAUCCAAGUCCAAUAGAUGAUCAUAAUGAGAAAGCAAACAAAGAAAAAACAUCUGAGCAGCCUGUUUCCAGACUUGUCGUUCGCUUAUUGAGGAAACCAUGCAGUCUUGUGUUUCCUCGGAGAGUAUUCAUUCCUUGGUUGGCGGGUACAUUUGUAUGUGACUACUUACAACCAUCUGAGACACUUGAGGUCCUAAAAGAUCAUUGUGUGGAGUUGAUGUCCAUGGAAGCUCCAACUGAUUCAUCAACAAUUCUCCAACCAGAAGUAGAAGCCCGGCCGUUUAUUGCUAAAACCUUUUGGGAUGUGGCAGAUCCAGGCCAAUUUACAUCUACAUCUUCUUUAGAGGAAAGUAGGAAAAUUGACACAAGUGGUGUGGCAGGCAACAAUGCAUCUCCAAAGGCUUUGAACUUCAGCAUUUUGGCUGCAGUGUUCUUUCUCCUAUUUUCUAUCUUGGUAGGCUUUGUACUUGUCAGACAAUGAGAGUUUUGGCUUAUACUAUCACAUGGCUUCAUUUUAUUGAUUUUUUUGUUUGUUUGUUCAAAGAAAAAAGAGUGCGAGAGUUUUGAGAUGAGUGAAUUUUGGGCUUAUGAAUUUGCAAGAGAUAUACUUACAGUAUAAACAGAAUCUGAACAUGAAUUUAUUGACUAAUAGAUUUACAAAUUACAAGUGCUU